GGAUAUAGUUACCACUUCAGUGUCAGGCGCAGUAUUUCUGCAAUGUUCUUUUUUGUUUCGUUGAUAAGUAUCCUUUGGUUUUUUAAAUGUGGAGAUGGGAAGCUUGCCUCUAUGCAUCCUGUUUUAAUCGCUCGUUCUUCUUUGGAUUGGAUGCCAAGCAGAAUUAAUUCCCUUUAUUCUGACGUCGGAGCAUGGAGCGGAAAGUUUCGACCAGUUAUGGAUGAAAUAGAAUCGGAUGAAGCUUUGAGAUUUUAUCAAUUCCUAAAUUAUUUAGACGGAGGCAGUUUCGGUACAGGCCCCAUAGAUGAAUUCGUAGACGCAAUGUACAGGUUAGCCAGUUAUAUGAAACAACAAAACAGUAGAGAAACACAAGUGAGAGGUAUGCGAGAACUCGAAGCAAUUAAUGGUGAAAAAGGUAAUAGUAUCAAAACCGUUUUAGAAAUCAGCACGGUAAUAAUGAGGAAGAAGCGAAAAUUUUUCUGCACUGGUGAAGUGAAGGAGCCAAUUGUUAAUAAUAAAAUAAUAUGUAAAGAUAGAAUUUUAUUGCCUAUUGCUGGGACUUCGUGUAGAGAUGCAAUCAUGUAUUGGCAUCCAGAUUUAACAGAGGAGCACUACUGCGUUGGCGCGCUAGAGUCAAAAAGUCCUGUUCAUAUAAUGGAUAUAGAAGGUGAAAUGUUUUGUAAAGGUGACGACUAUUCUAAAAGAGAAUAUUUGCUAGCGUGUGACUUCUAUGAAGACCAAGAAGCCCCAGUUGCGGAUUUACUUCAAUAUUACCCCGAUCCAGAUCCUGAAAUAAGUCCUAAACUAUUCUGAUA